GUAGCCCCUCUUCCCAGGACUUCCACUUGUUACCGUCCUAACUACGCUAGGGUUAGGGAACAGCACCCUAGUAUACCCGACCCAAUUCACCGAAUAGUUAGCGCUGGCUUUGGUUCAACUCCUCGCCAGGAAAUUAAGAAAUGGAUGACAUUUUUUUGGUCUUUUGCCCAGGCCGAUUAA